CUCUUCUGAUGCUCCUAUUCCAGAUGAGCUGUUAUGUCUCAUUUGUAAAGAUAUAAUGACUGAUGCAGCUAUUCUUCCCUGCUGUGGAAGCAGUUAUUGUGACGAAUGUAUUAGAACAGCAUUGCUGGAGUCUGAGGAAUAUACAUGCCCAGCGUGUCAUCAGACAGAUGUUUCUCCUGAUGCUUUAGUUGCCAACCAGAGCCUGCGCCAGGCUGUGAACAACUUCAGAAAUGGAGCUGGCUACACAAAAAGGCUCCGUAAGCACAUUCAGCAGCAGCAGCCGUCGCCACCACCUCCAGCACCACUCACGACUGUUAUCCCUCCUGCUGCUUUGGUGACUGCUGCUCAACUGCCUCAUUCUUCCUCUCUGUCAAUCAGCAGCUUGUUGGAAGAGAAGGGCUCUCAAGUUCCUGUACGAAGACAGCUAGUGCUGCCAAGUCUUCUGGGCUCCCAAGGGCAAUCGGUACCCACAGCUGGUCCUCCGAGGGCAGACAGUACCAUCCACGCACCAGGUGCCAGAACAAGCUGUGAACUGUAAGUGUGCUAUAGAAAUUCAAUAUGUAACUACUGGUAACCUAGGCUGUAACGUAUGACUUAGACAACAGCUGAUCGAUAAUCAAAUAAGUGUGCACAGAGAGCUGCGGGGAAUACAAUUGGUAACUGAUUUUUAAAUGGCUCAGUCUGAAUUGCCUAUAAGAAAGGGGAUGCAUGCUUGCAGUAAGAUUAUUUCAACUAAAACUCUGGUACAUGAUUAAAAAGAAGACUGAAAGAAGGAUGCUUUUUGAGAAAACCAUAAGUACAUAUAAAAAUUAAAUACAAAGAAAGAAUCAGAUGGAAAGCUUUGGAUUCCUGGCUGAGUAGGGCUGAAGAAAUGGGGUUCUCAGUUGAAAUCAGCAUCCAACAUUCUUGUUCUAACAACAUAGUCGAUACUGAUUGAGGCAGUUCUUGGAAAAAUCAGUGCUGUCGUUUUAUGACAAUUCUGAAUUGUUUCCACUUAGUCAUCUCAAAUGGCCAAGCUGCUUUCUCUCAGUUGGAGAGAGAAGAGCCUGUUUCUGAGUCAUGUUAGUCCUUCGUUUUGGUAUAGAUUUGUUACA